AUGUUUUCUACAAGCGUGUUUACGAUUUUCGUGACUAGUGCGUUAUGUUCUUCAGUGUCUUUUGCCGAACAGCCGAAUAUUAUAUUCAUUGUUGCCGAUGACCUCGGUUGGAAUGAUGUAGGAUUCCAUGGAAGCAAUCAAAUUCCCACACCUAAUAUAGAUGCUUUGGCUUAUAAUGGUAUAAUUUUAAACAGUCAUUAUGUUCAUUCUACUAGCACUCCAACCAGAACUGCUCUACUCACAGGAAAAUACCCCAUGCGUCUUGGUUUGCAAGGAUCUUCAUUCUUACCAGCAGAUAAGAGAUCUUUACCAGAUGGAAAACUCUUACCAGAAUAUUUUAAAGAAUUGGGUUAUGCAACGUACCUAGUUGGAAAAUGGCACUUGGGAUACUCAAAAUGGAACGAUACACCACAAUUCAAAGGUUUCGACCAUCAUUUUGGAUUUUAUAAUAGCUUCACUAGUUAUUACGACUAUUUGACGAUAUGGAAAUUUAAUGGAAAGGACUAUACAGGAUUCGAUUUAAGAAACGACGGCAAACCAGCCCUUUCGGAAAGCGGGAAAUAUGCUACCGACGUAUUUACAGACCACACCGUUAAAACCAUUAUGGAACAAGACCCAUCCAAACCUUUUCUUAUCAUGCUAGCUCACUUAGCAGUCCAUGCUGGCAACGAUGGCAAACUUUUGGAAGCACCGCAAGAAGCUGUGGACAAAUUUGGUCAUAUAGUCGAUUCUAAUAGAAGAACUUACGCAGCAAUGGUCUCAAAACUUGACGACAGCCUCGGAGCCAUCGUCGAAGCCUUGGACAGCAAGAACAUUCUCCAAAACACAGUAAUAGCCUUUAUCAGCGACAAUGGUGCUCCAACCGUGGCUCCAACGUUCAGGAAUUGGGGCAGCAAUGCUCCCUUGAGGGGUGUAAAGAACACUUUAUUCGAAGGAGGUAUCCGUAGCGUCGGUUUCAUAUACAGUCCUUUGCUGGUACAAUCUGCACGGGUUUCUACGGAUUUGAUCCACGUUACUGACUGGUUGCCUACUCUGUUUUCUGCUGCCGGGGGCGAUAUUGGGAUUUUGGAUCCCGACUUGGACGGGAUAGAUCAAUGGUCGAGUUUGGUUUACGAUUUGCCGUCUCCAAGAAAUGACAUUUUAUUGAACAUUGACGAAAAAACUCGAAAUGCUGCAUUGAGAUUUUACAAUUGGAAGCUAAUCAUAGGUGGAGUUCAGAACGAAACCCUAAGCGGUUACUACGGCGACGUAGUAUCAGAAAACAACGAAGAUCAGUCCUACAAUUUAAACGGAGUCCUCGAGAGUCCUGCUGGCAAAGUGGCGAAUAAAAUUAACUACAGUCCUUUGAGUCCUGACGAAUACGAACUUAUACGGUCUAAGGCUACAAUAAAUUGUCUUGAUGGUAAAGCCAAAAGAAAUCCUUGUGAUCCUGUUGGAGGUUCUUACUGCUUGUACGACAUUCCCAGCGAUCCAUGCGAAGAAAAUGAUCUAGCGAAAUUUUUCCCCAGCGUCGUAAGGCAAAUGAAGAGGGCGUUAGUAAACUACAGAUCGAGCCUUACGAACCAGCUAGAAGAAGAAACUGAUAUAGACAAAGCGGAACCGAAAAAUUUCGGCUACGUCUGGAAUCCCUGGAUUGAAUGUACAAAACCAGACUGUUCGUCUCCUUUAGAAAAUAACUAA